AUGAGAGCCAUCCUCAACAACAUCUUCUUCUCCAUCGGACGACUAAGAACCUUCUCCCAAUCAGCCAUCCAACUCAAGAAGAAGAAACGAUACAUCCCACCCAUCCCACCACUAGACGAAAACGAACUCAUCGAACAAUUCGUCAGAGGAUCAGGCCCAGGCGGACAGGCUGUCAACAAAACCAAUAAUGCAGUCUCACUAAUACACAAACCUACCGGGAUCAGGGUUCAGGCUCACACCCAUCGAUCAAGAGAAGCCAAUCGGAAUCAAGCCAGGAGGGUACUAGCAGAAAGACAUCAAUCAUCUCAUCAUCAUCUUCUUCUUCUCCUUUAG